CCCAACACACAUCGCAUUAACACACUGGAGCUGAAGUCCUGUACUCUGACUGCGAGCUGGCUCCACACAUAGUGGUUUAGAAGUUCAAGAAUGGUUCUGUCCUCGGUAUAUUAGCACAUUGAAAGGCUUUGAUUACGACAGAGUGUAGCCACCUACAGGGCUUUUUCCACCGCUGCCCGAAGAACAGAUCAGAUAGUUCAGAACUGACGGAGAGAAAAAAAAGGGACUGAAAAGAGAAUUACCCCUCCUUACAAGAUCCAAGGGAACCUUUUCUGCCCUGUGCCUAUCAUACCCUGUGAGCCGAAGUCAUGAUUUUAGGAAGCAUUAACAGAGGUGGCCCAUUACCGACCCUGUUCCGGCCGCCUGCCGCCAUGGUUCAGCGCCAUUUGGAUAUAAAACCUCUGUUCUCUUUUCCUGUGGAACCACAGCCUGCAAUUGGCCUUUUUCCUCGAUUCAGCACGAUGGACCCUGUGCAGAAGGCUGUGAUCAGCCCUAAUUUCGGAGUCCCUUUUGUCAAGACCAAGAGGCCAGUGAUCUCCUGCAAUGUGUGUCAGAUCCGCUUCAAUUCCGAGAACCAGGCGGAGGCACAUUACAAAGGCAACCGGCACGCUCGGCGAGUGAAGGGAAUAGAGAACGCCAAGACCCGAAAGAAAGAGGGAGGGCAAGACGGGGACAGGACCACGCCAAUGACCAGUCCGGUGCCCAGUGCCAGCGAGAGUGACACAGACAGCAAAGAUCAACACGGCAGUGAUGGAGCUGAUUUGCCACCCGCUGAGAGCCCUGAUAUACCAAUGAUGCCGUUGCAUGAGAACCCGGCCCCACAUCUAGAGGGGUAUCAGUAUGUGUCAUCUGAGGCAGAUAUGGGGUGUUCAAAACCACUUUCCUCUUCAGCGCCUGCUAACAGUGGAACAAGCACUUCUGCAUCAGAGAGUGAUGAUGACAGAGCCAAGAAACUGUUAUACUGUGCCCUCUGCAAGGUGUCUGUAAACUCGGCGUCACAGCUCGAGGCUCAUAACAAAGGAACCAAGCACAAGACUAUCCUGGAGGCUCGCAGUGGGCUUGGUCCAAUCAAAGCCUACCCUCGAAUGGGUGGUUUGAGCAAUGGUUCCACUGGACCAACUGACUCCAAUAACCAAGAGAGGACCUUUCACUGUGAGAUCUGUAACAUUAGAGUCACUUCUGAAGGGCAACUCAAACAGCACAUCUCAAGUCGCAGACAUCGUGAUGGUGUGGCAGGGAAACCCAACCCUCUUCUGAGCCGGCACAAGAAACAGCAAACCCUACAAGAGCUUACGGGUGGUCUUAUGUUCCCCAAGAACCUCCACAAAACAUUUUCUGCAGGCCUUCUUCCCAAUCCGCUAGCAAUGGCAAUGGCAGCCGCUGUUCCUUCUCCGCUAAGUCUACGUCCAGCCCCAACACCACCACUUCUCCAAGCUCCACCACUUACACAUCUUCUUCGACCAGCUCCCGGACCCAUCAGAACUGCACAUGGGACUUUUCUUUUCUCCCCUUACUAAGGAGCCAUCUCCACCUUUACUUCCCACACUUAUCCACUGGAACCUAAGCCUGCACACAGUGAACUGGGGCAGGACUUGAUCUAACACCCCUAUCUCAGCCCCUGAUCUUUCCUCAGAAGUAUUUUGUAACUGGAACAUGCUCCCAAUGCAUAGAGUCUAUUCUUACUAGUAGACCUGCAACACCAGAGAAGGAACUUAAUUACCCAUACCUGCAGUCAUAAACAAUGACCUCAAAAGAAACAUACUGUUAUUUUUGGACCUUCUGAAGGUUGAAAUGAAGCAGAGCAUUGGUUUAAAAACUCAAAACACUCAUAAGUGGAUGGAUAGCUCAGGGUAAAUAUAUAUAUAUAGGGAUACAAUUCUAGGGCAUUAUAGGUCAAGGGAUGCACAUAUGCGGUACUGGAACUGUUCCUUUAGCACUCUUACCAAGAUGAUAGAGGGGCGGGGGGGCUGAAACUUUUGCUUUGGUUAACCUGAAAGGUACAAUGUCCUCGAAAAAUGUAAUUGAACAAUCUGAGCAAUCUAGACUCUUACAGAAAGAGAUUGCUCACUGUAAGGCAAAACAGGGAUGUCGCUUAACUGGAUUGAUGGUCCCUGCAGUAUUCCGUUCAGCUGCUUUGUAAGAUUCCACUGUUUUCUCUUGCAUUGAGGCAGGAGAAGGCAGGAGUAUAAUUCAGUACAGUUACAAUCGUCCUUGUAUAUAUUCAUGUGCACAGUUUAUUAUCAAAUAAUCCGUUUAGUACUUUACCCUUUAAGCACGAGGCUAGAAUCCUAGUCACCAGUAUCUUCAGGGAAAAAGCAUGAAUUCUUGUUUUCAGUCUGCAGUCACAAAGACAUCUGGUAUAUAAGGGUUUAGCCUCUUCAUAUCUUGUUAUCGCAGAACACACUCUGCUUAGUGUUUAAAAUGAGAGCAAAACUUGUACUGGGAUGUAUACAUUAGAGGGAUAGUCUUUCCAAAAAAAGAUAACUUCUUGUACCAAUUGAUAAGAACUUUCUUCCACAGUCCAAAGGUUGAGACUGUGGAAGAAAGUGUAAGUGCUGUGCGGUGUCUCGGAGGUAAAGGGACAGUAAUAAUAAAGAAUAGUUAUGGUUCCUCACACUUUAUCCCACAGAGCACACACACACACCGCUGUGUUUUCUCCUAAUAGCGCUUUGGUGACCGUUCCCCAGCAUUGGCGGGGCUUUCUUUGACUGCAUGUGGUCUUAUGCACUGUGGUAAACCUUCAGAAAUAAAGUAAAAAAACAAACUCUC